CACUCAUCACCUCGCACAUUAAAACUCUUGCACUUGUCUACUUCUACAUCCUAUCUUAAGCUUCUAAAACCUCUCCAAGCUCUCUCUACUCUCCUUUCACCACCACCACCACCGCCACCGGUGAGCCGCCAUGGAGUUCCUUUUCCAAACUGUCAAGUAUUGUGUAGUGAACCACCUUAGCAAGAACCCAGUUUUCCCAAUCCUCCAAUAUUGGCUAGUGAACCAUCCAAAUAUUCUCAAUUUCGCAUGGAAACAAGGUGAAACUCCAGGUUCUUCUCUUCUCUUCCUUUCUCUCACCGUUCUCUCCUAUCUCUCUCUCACUUUCCUCCUCUCUCACACAACCCUAAUCUCCUGCAGCCCUCGUUUCCUCAAAAACCUCACAGCCAUUCAUAACAUGAUCCUUCUCUCGCUCUCCUUCGUUAUGGCCCUUGGUUGCACUCUCUCCAUCAUCCUUCUUGCUCCGAACUUGGACUCUGUUGUUUGCUUCCCUAAAAAAACCCCACCUACUGGACCUCUCUUUUUCUGGGCUUACAUAUUUUAUAUCUCGAAGAUUUUUGAAUUCAUGGAUACCCUUUUGAUCAUCUUGAGCAACUCCAUCAGACGGUUGACUUUCCUCCAUGUCUACCAUCAUGCAACAGUGGUGGUGAUGUGCUACAUAUCACUAAACUCCUCGCAGUCUAUGUUCCCUUGUGUACUUGUCACAAAUGCUACUGUACAUGUGAUAAUGUACUACUACUACUUUCUUUGUGCCAUAGGGAUUCGUCCUAAAUGGAAAAAGUUGGUCACAGAUUGCCAGAUUUUGCAGUUCUUUUCAAGCUUUGGGAUCAUGGGUUGGAUUUUCUACUACCAUUUCACUAGUGCGGGGUGCUCUGGGAUGUUGGGUUGGUGUUUCGAUGCUGUUUUCAUCACUUCUCUUUUGGUUUUGUUCCUUGACUUCCAUUCUAAGAACUACUCUAAGAAGAAGGCCAAGGAAAAUUAACUACCAUAUAUAAUCUUUAAAAUGGUUAUAUAUAGAUCUUAUUGGCCAUGUUCUUUCCCUUUUAAUUUCUUAUUUUUAUCUCAAUUAUUUCUAGGGUAUCGACUCGGCAUGCAUGUUCUCACAAGAUACAAUUUAAAUGAUUGUUUAGCCGUUGAUGAUCAUUGUACUCAUAAGUGAAUCAUUGUACUCAUAGGUGAGUCUAAUAAUUGUAGCAUAUAUCUCUCGACUUACUAUAAUAAAUCUAGACUUUAACAA